UCGCUUCUGCUUUGCCACCACCAGCUGCUGCCACAGUAGUGGUGGAGGACGAGGCACAGCGUUGCUCCUGCUGCUUUUUCCACGGCGAGGGCUGCGCUUCCGCCUUGCCAGGCGUGGAGGCAAUAGGCAGGGCAGGGAGGAGGCACGGAAGCCGCUGUAGCCUUGCAAGAGGAUGGUUGUGGGGGCGUGUGACAGCCGGCGGCACCACCACCAUCUCCACCAAGCGCCGCUGGUGACACUCCCGGGGCAGCAGGAGUCGCACUGAGGGGGAGCGCUGCUGACGAAGAGGAGGAGGCGGAGGGAAGGCCAGCGACCGUCGGCAGGCGGGAGUUGCAGCCGCGUCUGAGAGGGGAGCACGGAGGGGGGACGCCGGGGGGCACAUGGCGGGAUGACAGCGGCUGCCGCCGUUGCUGCUCCCGCUAUGCGAGGCUGGCAGGAGAGAAAAGGGGUGGGGAGCUGAGGCUAUCGGCGCUGUCACUUUCUGGCUUCGCAGCCGCACGAGCAAAGGGGAGGCGAAGGAAAAAAGGGCAGGCACGGACUCGGCUCCCUUGCUGGAGAGACGCACAGGCACAGCAGGAGAGGGAAGGGCCUGCCUGAGCCAGUGGCGAGGAAGGCCCAGCUAGGACUUGGACGAGGUGGCCCGAAGCCUCCCCGCAGGAGCCUUCAGGAAGAAAGGAGGAGGGGGGGGGCUGGUGGUGGCGGCGGCGUGUUGGUUGUGGAGAGGGAGGAGGACGCCGCCGUUUCCCGGCUUGGCUUGCCUGUGUGAGUGUGUGUGUGUGACUGUGCGCGUCUGGAGGAAGCCCUGCUGCUGCUGCUGCGCUAAUCUCGCACUACAUUUAUUUACUUCUUGCUCCCUCCCUCCUCUCCCUUCCUGUCAGCCGCUUUCCUCUUCCUCGACCGGGUCCGCUCCCUCCCCCUACCUGGUAAGGGUGUCUGCUCGGCUCUGCUCUCCCCCCCCGCCCCCCGCCGCCACUCCAUUCCUCGGUCAUUUGUGUCUGAGCUUGGGAAGGCGCUUCUUCGCCCCCCCGCUCCCUUCUGUUUACAUGGAUAUGAUGAUGGCUAUGAUGGUGGUUAUUAUUCCUGGAUGAAGGGGAAGGGAAGAGGCUUCUCUUUGUUUUCUCCCCGUCGGGACCAGUAGUCCUGCCAGCCAGCCUGCUUCUUUCCUGCCUCGCCUCUGCUAUGGUUUCUGCGAGGUGUGUGUGAUAAGGCGGGAGUAGGAACCACGGCAAGAGGGGGGUUGGGAGGGGGAGGAGGAGGAGGAGGAGGAGGAGGGAGAGGAGGGGGGAGAAGAACAGGGUGCGCCGCCGAAGAGACCAUGAGGAAAUUUAACAUCAGGAAGGUGCUGGACGGCCUGACAGCGGGCUCGUCCUCCUCUUCUUCGGCUUCCUCCUCCUCGCAACAACAGCAGACUGCAACCCGGGAGAACGACGUCCAGGAGACCCUACAGUCCGAGCACUUCCAGCUCUGCAAGACUGUACGCCAUGGUUUCCCCUAUCAGCCUUCGGCCUUGGCUUUUGAUCCUGUUCAGAAGAUACUGGGUAUUGGGACUCAGACUGGAGCUUUAAGACUAUUUGGUCGACCAGGAGUUGAAUGCUACUGUCAGCAUGAUAGUGGAGCUGCAGUAAUCCAGCUCCAGUUCCUGAUUAAUGAGGGAGCCCUUGUGAGUGCCUUGGCUGAUGAUACUAUACAUUUAUGGAACCUGCGUCAGAAGAGACCUGCUAUACUGCACUCCCUAAAAUUUAACAGAGAAAGGAUAACAUUUUGCCAUCUGCCUUUCCAGAGUAAAUGGCUGUAUGUGGGCACUGAAAGAGGAAAUAUACACAUUGUCAAUGUGGAGUCCUUCACUCUCUCAGGCUAUGUCAUAAUGUGGAAUAAAGCCAUUGAACUAUCAUCAAAGUCACAUCCAGGACCUGUUGUCCAUAUUAGUGAUAAUCCUAUGGAUGAAGGCAAGCUAUUGAUUGGUUUUGAAUCAGGAACAGUCGCUUUAUGGGACCUCAAAUCAAAGAAAGCGGAUUAUAGAUACACACAUGAUGAGGCAAUCCACUCUGUAGCUUGGCAUCAUGAAGGGAAACAGUUUAUUUGUAGCCAUUCAGAUGGUACGUUGACUAUAUGGAAUGUAAAGAAUCCUACCAAGCCAUUGCAGACAAUCACUCCACAUGGAAAGCAGGUAAAAGAUGGAAAGAAGCCAGAGCCUUGUAAACCUAUUCUUAAAGUGGAAUACAAAACUACCAGAGUUGGGGAACCUUUUAUCAUUUUGUCAGGUGGCUUAUCCUAUGACACAGUUGGAAGAAGACCUUGUUUAACUGUCAUGCAUGGAAAGAGCACUGCUGUUUUAGAAAUGGAUUAUUCAAUAGUUGAUUUUCUAACUCUCUGUGAAACUCCAUACCCUAAUGAUUUCCAAGAGCCAUAUGCUGUGGUUGUUCUUCUAGAAAAAGAUUUAGUACUUAUCGAUCUUGCACAAAAUGGGUAUCCUAUAUUUGAGAAUCCCUAUCCCUUGAGUAUACACGAAUCUCCAGUCACCUGUUGUGAAUAUUUUGCUGAUUGUCCCGGAGAUCUUAUUCCAGCACUUUAUUCAGUUGGAGCUCGACAAAAGCGUCAAGGCUACAGUAAAAAGGAAUGGCCUAUCAAUGGCGGAAACUGGGGUUUGGUUACACGGAGUUAUCCUGAGAUAAUUAUUACUGGACAUGCCGAUGGGUCAAUCAAGUUCUGGGAUGCUUCUGCAAUUACAUUGCAAGUGCUAUACAAGCUAAAAACAGCUAAAGUCUUUGAAAAAUCACGAAAUAAAGAUGACAGACCUAGCACAGACAUAGUAGAUGAAGACCCAUAUGCCAUUCAGAUCAUCUCAUGGUGUCCAGAAAGCAGGAUGCUGUGCAUAGCAGGAGUUUCUGCACAUGUCAUUGUUUACAGAUUCAGCAAACAAGAAGUUACAACAGAAGUCAUUCCGAUGCUUGAAGUCCGGCUACUGUAUGAAAUAAAUUAUAUAGAUUCUCCAGAUCCUGAGCAAGUGCCACCACUGCCCACUCCAGGCACAGGUUCCAAUCCUCAAUCCAUUGCUCCCCAGUCUCAUCCAUCUACUAGCAGCAGUUCAUCUGAUGGACUUCGUGAUAAUGUCCCAUGUUUAAGAGUAGUUUUUGGCAAUUGUAAUGGUAUCGCAAUGGUUGAUUACAUCCAAAAGACAACACUUUUAAACCUUGGCACCAUUGAAUUGUAUGGUUCUAAUGAUCCUUAUAGGAGGGAACCUCGGUCUCCUCGUAAAAGCAGACAACCGUCAGGAGGCAUGCUGGUUAUGGCUUCUUGCAUGUGCGGCCUUUCUAACUUAUAUUCAGAGUCUGUGAAAAAACUUUGCACCUCUUAUAUAACAGGUCUCUGUGAUAUUAAUGAAGGUACAACAGUGCAAGAAGAUCGUUGCAAGUCACCCACUUCAGGUUCUGGUUCUCCCAACAAUUCUGAUGAUGAUCAAAAAAUGAAUAAUUUUAUAGAAAAGGUGAAGACCAAAAGCAGAAAGUUUUCCAAGAUGGUAGCCAGUGAUAUAGCAAAGAUGUCUAGAAAAUUAAGCUUACCAACUGAACUGAAGCCUGAGCUAGAUGUCAGAGACAACUCUUUCAGCCGAUCCCGGAGUUCUAGUGUAACCAGCAUUGAUAAGGAGUCUCGAGAAGCAAUCUCAGCUCUUCACUUCUGUGAGACUUUCACACGAAAAGCUGAUACGGCCCCUUCACCGUGCUUGUGGGUUGGGACAACUUUGGGUACAGUUCUAGUCGUUGCAUUGAACUUGCCCCCAGGAGGAGAGCAAAGACUACUUCAGCCAGUAAUUGUAUCCCCUAGUGGAACCAUACUAAGGCUCAAAGGGGCAAUUUUGAGAAUGGCCUUUCUGGAUACAACAGGAUCAUUAGUUCCACCAGCAUAUGAACCCUGGAGAGAACCCAAUGUUCCUGAAGACAAAGAAGAAAAGGAGAAGUUGAAAAAACGACGGCCUGUCUCAGUGUCUCCCUCCUCCUCUCAGGAAAUAAGUGAAAAUCAAUAUGCAGUGAUAUGUUCUGAAAAGCAAGCAAAAGUGAUUUCACUGCCCUCACAGAACUGCACUUAUAAGCAAAAUAUUACAGAGACUUCAUUUGUUCUCCGUGGAGAUAUAGUGGCACUGAGUAACAGUAUCUGCCUUGCUUGUUUCUGUGCUAAUGGACAUAUAAUGACUUUUAGUUUGCCAAGUUUAAGGCCGCUGUUGGAUGUAUAUUACUUGCCACUUACCAACAUGCGGAUAGCCAGAACAUUUUGCUUCACCAACAACGGGCAGGCAUUGUACCUUGUCUCACCUACAGAAAUCCAGAGAAUCACCUACAGUCAAGAAACGUGUGAAAAUUUGCAGGAAAUGUUGGGUGAACUCUUCACACCAGUAGAAACACCUGAAGCACCAAAUAGAGGGUUCUUCAAAGGCUUGUUUGGAGGUGGUGCCCAGUCACUUGACAGAGAGGAACUCUUUGGGGAAUCAGUUGCUGGGAAGGCAUCAAGGAGCCUUGCCCAGCACAUUCCAGGACCUGGUGGUAUUGAAGGAGUCAAAGGAGCAGCAUCUGGAGUCAUUUGUGAAUUAGCACGAGCAAGGCUAGCACUAGAUGAAAGAGGACAAAAGUUGGGAGAACUUGAAGACCGAUCUGCAGCUAUGUUAGCUAGUGCUGAUUCUUUCUCAAAGCAUGCGCAUGAGAUGAUGUUGAAAUACAAAGAUAAGAAAUGGUACCAGUUCUGACAAUGCUUGAAGAAAAAUUUCCUUUUCAUUGACUUCUGCAGGACCAGCGGAACUGGAAGGGUGUCAGCCAAUGGAUGCUGUUAUUUCCUAGCACAAAUUACACACUGUUUUACCUCAGUCAUAUGGCUCUAACUGAGGAUUGUUAUAUUUAAAACUGGCACCCACACAAUCACACACUGUGUGUGUGUGCGCGUGUCUUACCUGUGGGCUGACUGGGAGCUUGGGAGCAGAGUUGGGAUAACAAAGAAAACACAUGGACAAAAAGAAAACUUGGUAUCAGAUGAGCAGGGGCAAUGCAGGAUCUAUCCUGUGUUUAUAUUUCAUAUGCCAAAAGUUUUUGUGCUAUUGUUGUUGCUGCCAGUGUUUCGCCCUCCCAUGGGAGGCUGCAAUAAAUCAGGGGUCCAAGAGCUAGGAUAAAGUUGUUCACCAUAUGGGACUACGAGUAGCUGAUCUACACCUACCCUCCUUAGAACACGUCAUAAUAUCUGUUUCUGGAAAUGACUUACUCUGCUACCACCUCUCUGAUCUGACAAACUGGAAGUAUGUGAGCUCCAUCCUGAAUCUAUACAUAGUUAACAUGCACAUAGUCUCUUCUUGGACCCCUGAUCUAGUGUUCUUGUAUUUGCAUCAUCAUACUGUGUCAAGUGCAAAACAAGAGGAUAAGUUACUUUUGCAUUGUAAAACAAAAACAAAAAAAACGUGAUUGAACUGCACAUCAUGCUGGAAGUUUUCAUUUGUGUUAUGGCUGUGUAGUGUGAAAAGUAAAAAUGUCUAUUACAAUGAGAAAAAUACUUGUCAUCUUUCAGCCGACGAUGGUUUUUUUCCAUGCAAAUACAGUUGGGUCAAUUUAUAAAAUACUUUGAACUGGUUAUGAUUUUCAUUCAUGCUGAACAUCUUUUGUCUGUUUAACAGAAUGUAUUCAUGCAGCCACUUAAGAUCUUCAGAUAUGUAGCUAGUUUACAUGCCCAAUAGGAACUUAACUACCAGGUGAAAUUGUCUUGCAGUACAGAACUUUAAUGCAGCUUGAUGGAUAAUGGCAAGCAUUUCUUAUUUUACAUUGGAAGAAAGUAAUUCUAGACAUUGGUCUAAUCCAAUUCAAAGAACUAUUACCAAGUCAAAUCCAUCAGCCACGUCAGACCUAUCAGCAAAGAGGCUGCCCACCAGAAUCUGAGCACACUUACAUGGAAUAAAAUUUCAUUCAAAUCAACAGAACUUACUCCAAGUAAGUGUCCUUCAGUUCACUGCAUGAGUUGCAGAAUGAAGUUUGUCAGAGUGAAUAUUUAGUGAAUAUAGCACUAAAAGCAAAGAAUUAACCUCAGUAUUUUACCACUUGAGCAAUUGGUAGAUUACUACUUAGAUUUGUGUGAGGGAAAGGGUUUAAGAUGUGCCAAACUGAAGCAGUAUAUAUUUUGCUACUGGAGGCUGCACCAAAGCCAUAAUGUAGUUAUUUAAAAUAUAUAUUUAGGAAAACUAAGAGUCUUUGUUGUCAUGUCUGAAGCUGGAACUAGUGACUCAUGAUCAUUCACAAACAGCCUUAACUAGUUUAGGCUUUAUUUGUAAGCAAGUGCCAGUGCAUGGCCAGUCAGUGGCUUGGUCUCCCCCCCCCCCCAACCUUGAUUAUGCUGUGCACACGUUGAAUGGGUUGUCUGACUGGUAUAUCAUGACUGCCAUUUGAGCCAAAACAUUUCCUGAUGUGGAUUCAGCAGCAUAUGCAAAAUCCUUUUUUGCUCAAAAUGAAUUUUUUGGAGGAGUAUUUGUGUGUAUCCUGCAAGCCAGGUAAAAAAUGAUUGGCUGGCCAUGUGCAGUGUGUGUUUUACAUUGAGACUUGCUUCUAAGUAAAUGUGCUUAAAGAGAAGGUUGAGCCCCCUUGAAUUUAAUGCAGUUAAAUGCUUGAAACAGCCUGGUUGCAACCAAAAGUCACUUUCAGGGAUUGAAACUAUGCGCUGCAGGAAUGUUUGGAUCUGCUUUUCACGUAGGCGACUAGAUUCUGUUUUCAGGUGCUGAUUGUCUCCUCAGUGCAACUGUGGGUACUUAACAUAAAAUUUCACUGACCACAUGGAAAGCAAAUUCAGAUUUUUCCACAACCAUAGGAAACCUUGUGUCUGCAGAAACAUCUUGGGCAGCAGUCAAAUCACUGCAGUAGUCUUUGUUAAGUCUAAAGGGGGCUACAAUUUAACUUGUUUCUGCUGCCUGAAAAUAUUUAAAUAAUUUUUGUGUUUAAAUCACCUGAUUUAUUUAGCUAUAUAUGAAAAUAUUGAAUAAGGUUCAUAAACUAAAUAAAAAGAUGGUAACUGAUGUGGAUUGUUAAAAUGCUAACAAUAGUACCUAAUUAUUGUGGUAACACAAAUGCAUUUGCCACAUAACUGUUCUCUGUGCAUUAGCAAUUUCACUUUUCCAGUUGUAAUUAUUCACUUAUAUACAAAUGACAUGAUUCAGCCAGAGCUGAGCGCUUUCAGCUGUAAAGAUUCAACUGGAAAGCACAUGUUAAGCUGUGUCAAUGAUAACUGAUUUCAAAUUGCUUAACUUUGGCUAGAACAUUCCCACUAUGUAUUUUUGUAUUUGGAGUCAAAAGCACAGAAUCAAAUCACCUAAAAUAUUAUUGGCCUUUUGAUGGAGAGGGAAAAAUGCAGCAGGGGAGGGCGUCUCUCACACACAGAGUUAAAAAUGAAAUAGAAUAAUUAUUUUGCCCAUUAUAGAAAUGGCCAGAAAAUGGAAAUGGUAUGCUCCUUGUGAAGCUGCAUCAUCAUUUUGGGAUGAAAGGCUCUGAGACAAGGCUACUUAGCCUCGUGAGCAACAUGCAUUUGAAAGUCAACAACAAAUGAAGAGGACUGAGGAGGAAGUCCCAUGCUAGCACAAAGGAUAUGUCAGCAAACCAUCUGUGCGCUCUCAGGUUGUGUCUGUGUGAGUGAGAGAGAGAGAGAGAUGGUUAUACUAUGAAAAAACUAAAGAUUUUGCCUACAAAAUGUUAGCAGAAAUUGGUCAUUGGCCAGUUGUAUCUGUCCUUUAACAAUAUGUGUGUCAGUCCACACAUAGGAGCAAGAUACAGUUGCACAAUUUAUUUUAUAUAGUUUGUCCAGAAAAUUACCAUAAUCAAUUUCAGAUUGAUAGUUUUGUCAAAUGCACACAGAAUAUGUCUGUGUACAGAUGAUAGCUUUUAGAGACUUGGGGGCAGUACUGUAUAGCUGUCACUAGCCAUGAUAUACAUACUCAUUUUUGAGGUCUGUUAUGUUCCUGGUCAAACUGAUUUUGCAACUUUUUCCUUAAUGUGCUGAAUUUUCUCAGGGUUUGAAUUUUGAUGUGAAAUUGGAUUUUGAGAUGUGUGUGAAAAGUUUCUAAAAAGUGUAUCCUCAUCUUUUCACAUCAGAUUGCUGUUAUUCACAGCCCAAACAACUGCUGAUUUAACAACUUUGUUAAAAAGAAGAAUCCCUUUCUUAAUUAAUCAGUUUUCUUCCUUCUAGAAACAGUGAGAUUGUCACAAAGUCACUUAGAUUUAGCUAGAUGAUGACAUCGCGAAGGGCAAAUAAAACUUUUCAGACCUUGCCCAUAAGUGGUGUUUGCUUUUUGGCUACAUGGGUGACCUCAUCGUUUCUAGGAUAAAGGCCAAUUUUUUUAAAAAGUGCCAAAGAAGCAGUUCAAUGAGGGCGGCUGCAGCAACAACAACAAAGAUAUGCUGAGGAAGGAAUAACUGAAGAGAAGUGCAGCUGCUGGAGAAGAUGGUGUGGUAUUGCAGGGUAUUAUGAAUACUACUUUCUUCAGCAUCUAGCCAAAAUAAUGGAAGUGUGUUGUGUGGGACAAGAAAAUAUUUACAAAAUAUGCUCCCAACUUCAGCUCAGGUUUAUACAUCUUGAUGGACUGUUUUGGCUGGUGAUCAUUAUAAACCCCUCUCACAUUCAGAGUCAAACUACAUAUGACAUUCAGCACACCAAUGUAGAUUCAUCUUUUAAAAAUAUAUAGCUGCAGGGGCACAACCUAGAUCAGAACUGUAAGGAAGAGGGUUCAGCUUUUCUUCCCACUGUGGUACCAGUCCAAAUGCCCUCACCUACCCUGUAGCUUCUAUUUGCUCCUGAACAGAAUCCCUAGAAUUCUGUUUGCCCCAGAAUAUGUUCUGGGGCAAAUUGGGAAGCUGCCAAUGAUGCUUCCCUCCCAGAGCAAAUGACAGCAUUUGGAGAGGGGAAGUGAUCCAGAUCAAAACAAGUAGAGAGAAAAUUACCCCUCACUUCACUGUCCCAUUCUGGAUUCUCCCCCUGCCCCGCCCUACUGCAGCUGGUUUUAAAGAAUUACACUGAUGUCUAAAAGAAUGUCAUGCAGUUUGAUCCUUGCAUUCACACCUACCCCUCAAUGACUGGAUCACUUCUAGAACUAUUAUUAAAGAGUGUUUUAAUGUAUCAAAGAUUAAGAGUCCAUGUGUCUAUAUGGGUACACUCAUUUAGCCUUUUGUAAAGUCCAGUGUGUGGGGUCGGAGUAAAAUGACUGGAUCAAAAAUAGUUGUGCAUGUGUAUAGGAUUAAAGGAAGCAGAUGCAAUUUGGAAUCACAAAAAGAGAGUAAAAAGACUCUGGCCCAGCAAGGCCUCAUCCUCCCAUUGUCUUUGCAGUUCUCAAACUGCUCUGAUCAGGGCUCAUGUCAAAGUAGCAGGGGCAAUUUGCUCCAGAGAUAUAAGCAUUUAUACAGUUUGGGUGAACUAUUCUUUUUAUAUUGAUAAAAUGCAAACUGCUGCUACUGGUCUUUCAUGUAAUGUUACCAUGUUUAAUUAUAAUAAACUGAAGAAAUGUUUCUUCGGUUUAGAAAACUGCCAAAUUGUAACUUCUGAAUGUUACUUUAUGUAAAUAUUCUGUGUGUGUCAAGCAAGUCUGAAAGUGCGACACCAUCAGCAUCUCCAGAAAAAUUCAUUAUGAUUGCUAUAAAAUAGUCAUCUAAUUUCUAUCUCUACUCCUUGUAUUGUUUUGUUACACUUUUUUUGCUUGAAGUACCUUUCAUGUGAUAAUACUAAAUUAGAAAGCUAUAGCCAAAGGUGAUUUAUUGAUGCAGUGACUUUUCCUUUUUGCUUUCUAUAGCACUGAUCUAAAUCUGAAUUGUAAACUUGAAUUUCUUUUCCCUGCACUUUAAGUAAUGCAAGCUUGAUACUUAAACCUUUUACAUACAUUCGUAUUUUAAAUUCAUUUAUCUGUACAUAAUAAGCAUAGUUUAAAACAUUCAUUUCAGCAAACUGUCUGUCUAAACAAAUAGUUGCACAUUGUCUGAUGUGUAAACAUUUCUUGUGGAUAGUGGCUACCCUUAUCCUACCCUUAUCCACAGCAGAUCUGUGAAAGGAAGGGACACAAACUUAUUUCUUCCACUGAAUGAAUGUGUGAGCAGUUGUGAAUAGGGGAGCUCAUUGUACAAAUGGGAGCUCCAGUGCUAAAAACAGACUGCUGGAUUUGGGGGACUCGGUAUAAGCAGUUUUAAGUACUAAAGACAAAUCCUUAGCAUUUUUACUUUUAAAUUUACUGGAAUACUUUCAGAUUUGUUUAAUCAUACAAAACUGCAAUUUAGUCUACUAUAUGGCAAGAUUUGGUUCUAUGUAACAGCACAAGCACAGGUAACCAUGGCUGGAUUGCAGCCUCAGCGAUAUCCUAUUUAUACAUAAUUCUAAAAUAAUAUAGUUUAUCAAAUUAAAGUAUCUAUACCUUACCUUUAAAUAAAACUUGUGUUAUGUUUGUCAAGGAACUUAAUGUAUAUAUGAUACAUACAGAACUUAAUUUAAGCUUUAAAAACCUAUCAAGAGAAUAGUAACAAAUUAACUAGUCUUGAUUAAUUAGAAAUACUUUGCUGUAAGUAGCCUAAAAAAGUCCCAUUGUUUAAUUAAAAUCUAAAAUAAUGGCACCAAGAUCAAAGUGUUCGAAAAUACAUGCCACCCAAAUUGUAAAUCUUGAAUAGCUGCAGCUUGUAACUCUUUUUUUCCCUUUUUCAAUUAGCAAGUAUACAAUCCUAGUUUUUCAGGUAUUUUCUUCAGCCUUUGAAAAUAAAUUUCCAAAAAUUAAAAUCAAGUUUCAUAGGUUGUUUUUUUCUUCUUUUCAUUAAACCUUUACAUUUUGGUUUCUGCAUAUAUGUAUUAUACCCAUCGAGUGCUACUUGUACUCAGAACGGUUUCUAAAGUGCAUAUUCUUGUGGCAGGUAAACUAUCCGAGUUGUUAGUGCUCUAAGGCAUAUGGAUGAGAAUAUGACUGCACUUGCAGUUUGUGUGCAAUGACUGAAAAGUGUUUAUUGUUUACCUUUGUUCGCUGUGCACAUUCUCAGCUGCACUUGCUCCCACAAUCUGAUUAGUCUGUACAGUCUUGUGAAUUAUAUUUCUCUGUGAAUGUUAGUGAUGUUGCUGCCCAGAAAAAAUACAAAGAUCCUGUUAAAUGAAUUUAUAGUUGGUGGGGAGGGGGCAACGAGGUUAAAUGUUCAGUAAUGUGAAUUAUCUAAAGUUAAACAAUGUUUAACAUAAUUGAGAAUUUUUUAAAAAAAAAUGCAUGGAUGCUAUUAAACACAUGUCCUUUAUAAAUCAUGGUUCAUGGAUGAGUGUAACUUUUUAAUUUUUGAAGUAAUUUGAGGUAUAAAUUUUGAAUAAUAAAAUCAAAGUUGCAACCAAAUCAGUAUAAGUAUUUUAUCCUAAAUCACCUAGAAACUGAUACUUCUAAACGUCAAGCAACUGUAGAAUGUUUUCACUUUAUCAUUACAUUUUUUCAUUGCAUAUUAACUGGCAUUUGAUUUUUUGGAUAAAAUCAUGCUAUGAUCUAUGAAGUUACUAUUGAUAUUGGGUGAUGCAGAGUGUGGAAACUUUUGAGAGUUAACUCCCCCUUCUAAAAAUGUGUAAAUGUUGUUAUGUUACUUUACAUACAACACUAUUUAUAUUGGUUAGAUCUAGCAGAAACAUUCUGCUUUCUCAUGCUACUGUUUCAUUAUAUAAGCACCACCGGGGGGGCGGGGUGUGGGGGGAUGAACAGCAUCAGUAAAUGUUUCUAACAUUACUCCACUGGGUAAGCAUGCUUGAUAUAAAACUUCUAGCUUAUAUGUAUCUUAGUCUCUGUACAUGUGUCCUUUAUUUUAUUUCUCAUUUAUUAAUUUCAGUCUUGCAGAACCCCACUAUGUGUUUUGAAGAUGAAACUGGGAAAUGCAUCUUAAGACAGGGCUGCAAAUUCAUCUGUCUACAAAUAAGAGUUACAUAUGAACUGCAAACCAUAUAGUUAAAAUGGAAAUGUUAGAUUGCAUAGUUAUUUUACUUAAUGUAAUUGAUCCUAAAUUAUGUCAUAAACAUUAAAAUUAAGUAUGGGAUAUUUUUGUAAAUAAAAAAUACCUGUGCAGCUGGUAUUUUAAAAUUAAAAAAUGUACUAUACAUUAAUGUUUCAGAAAAUAAUGUUCAUAUGUGUAUAUGAAUGUGUCAUUAUGCUGAAGGGCUCUGUUUGGGCAAAAUAAACUACUCAAAUCUCUCCUGAAACAAAACAAAUCUAGUUGGUUUUAUGUGUCAUUUUCUCUUAUUAAAAUGAUAUGUGACUGGGGCAGAUAUCUGUCAAUCACUGUAUUACAUGAAAAUACGUGUGUUGCUCUCUUGACCCUCUGUAUUCAGCAGUGUAAAUAAAUGUGUUUAAUUUGUG